CAGGUUCGUCCCCGCCGGGCUGUCCACAUCCUCCCGCGCCCUGGGCUCCGGGGCGCUGUCCCUGCGCUCCGCCGUCGGCUCGGGCUGAAAAGUUUCUCCAUGGUUCUUUGUGUCUCCCGAGCUGCCCCGGUCUCCCUGGGAGGAGGUGACCAAGCAGCUAGUGGGCAGCUAGCGCUCCUCCUGCGCAAGCUUCGGCCCCAGCCCUAGGGGCUAGCCCUAGCACCGCACCAGUUCGCCAUGAUCGCCACCGGUGGCCUACUGAGGAUAUCCGCCAGAAAGCAGGACCCCCUCCGGCCCCCCAGCCAGGUCCCUAAGCGCAAGAAGAAAGCCAAGAAGAGGCGCAAAAACGACGUGGUGGUGGUGAAAGGCAGGCUGAAGCUUUGCUCCAUCUCGGGGCUCAUUGCCCUUUGCGGGAUCCUAGUGCUGCUGGUGGGCAUAGCCAUGGCCGUGGUGGGCUACUGGCCGAAAGCCAACACAGUCAGCAGAGGCGGGAGCAAGCAGUUGCUGCCCGUGGGCAGCAGCCACCUCAUUGCGACCUCCGGCAACAGCAGCAGUGGCAGCAAAAAACCGACGAGGAGCCACCCCGGGACCCCAGGGGGUGUCAACGCCAGUUCUGUGGGCGGGCCCAGGAGUUCGCCUCCUGCUCGAUCUGCAGCCACCUCUUCCUCCUCCUCCUCCUCCCCCACGUCGGUGGGCUUCUUCUUCCGAAUCUUCUCAGGCUACUUGCACUCAGACAAGCUCAAGGUCUUUGGGCCCCUCAUCAUGGGCAUCGGCAUCUUCCUCUUCAUCUGCGCCAACGCAGUGCUCCAUGAGAACAGGGACAAGAAGACGAAGAUCAUCAACCUGCGGGACCUCUACUCAACGGUCAUCGACGUGCACAGCCUCCGCGCCAAAGAUCUGGCGGCGGCGGCAGCUGCGGCUGCGGCGGCCGCGGCCUCCUCCUCCGCCGCCGCCCCCAGCUCCGCGCCCCCGGGGACAGCGCCGCUCAACGGCUUUCUCAGCUACGUGCAAUCCCGGGGCCUGGAGCUGAAGCCCGGCAGCUGCGCGGGCUCUGCAGACGCCUUCGGGGCUGCUGCGAUGCUGGCCAGGGGCUCCUGGCCCCACCCCGUCGGGCUGGGGGGUGGAGGCGGUGGGACCCGGGAAGCAGGGUCCCCGCCGGACCUGGCGUCGUCUCCGCGCCGUCCGCGGGAGCCCCCGAGCCUGGCCGAGGCGGUGUACAGCAUCUACCGCGAGCGCUCCGGGGGAGCUGGCCGUCGCCGGACCACCGUUGCCACGGUGGCUGCGGCCACCGCCACUGUCACCGCGGCCGCCAGCGGAGGCAGCAGCCCGGCGCCUUGCAGCCCAACCGGGAGUUGGGGGCGCCAGAGCACCGCCAGCUCCCUCGUGGGCUCGUCGCUGAGCGCCUUCGCGCUGCUGCCUUUGCAAGGGGACCGGGACAGAGACCGGGACUCGGAGGGCGCCAGCUGCAGCUGGCACGGGCCGCCCGGGGAACGCGGCUCCCGGGAUCUCCCUAGGGGAGAACUGGACCUGAGCCUGACCGACCUCCGGGGAGCCGAGGGCGGCGCGAGCUGGGCGUCCUGCGAGCCGGAGGCGCCCGAGGGAGCGGCGCCAGCACGCACCGCCAGGGGGCAGGGUGGCCGCCUGCCCAGGACCUGCAGGUACGCGGCCUGGCGGCGCCGCAGCACCAGCGGGCUCCCGGACUACCGGACGCCACCGUCGCCCGAACCCCCGCCCUCCCCGCGGGCGGCAGACCCGGACCCCAGCCCUCCCGAUACAGCCGCCACGCCCUCGCUCCCUCCGUCCCCCAAGGACUCGCCCCGCGUCCGGCGGGACUCCCACAGCUCUCAGUCGGAUGACCAGUCCAGCAGCAAUAAGGGCUACACCCCUCUGAGGGAGGCUGACACCUCCGUGGAGUCGGUCGUGGACGUGGUGGCCAGGAAAAGGCUAGAGAGUGUGGAUGCCUCCGAUCCGGGCACAGAGCACAGCUCCCCGGAGGGUCCCAGUGCAGAGCCAACUAGGGCAGAGCAGCCUCCGUCUGCGCAGAGGCAGUUUACAAACAAGGAGAAACUCUUUCUGAUAUCCAGGUCUCACACCCCAGGGGAAGAGGACCCUGAACCGGAAAACUCUCCCACCUAGCGGGAGGUGGGCCCGGAAAGGAGAGACGCUGGUAGAGUCUCACCAAACCCCUGCAUUAAAAGCCCCAGCCCCCACCCCGAGUCCCCUGUGGACAGGUCCGAGGAAACCAUUCAAUAUCCAAAGAGCUGCAGAAUGUUAUCCUUGAAUUGCGUUCACAGGAUUCCUGUAGAUAACUCCAUCAGAUUUUUUUUUUAAAAGCAAAGUCAUCUUUUUCUGUCCGAUGGUGAUUGUACACUCCAUGAAGACCAAAUGUAUUAAAAGAUCACAAUCUAGUUCAUUAGAUGAAAUUCUCUUAAUUUUCUUAGGAUCAAAAUGAUAUAUUUUUGACAGUAACUCUGCACUUUACCCCCAUUUUUCUUUGCCCGCCCGACUUCCCUGCCCCCUGCUGCUGACCUCUUCCAUAGCUGCUUGAGAAUGGGUGGUGAGCUUCUUAUUUCAACCCUCUUCCGGAACCUAGAAGCGUUUGGGUCAGUUCUCUUAGAACUGAUCUUUCUAGGUGGAGUCAAAGCCCAAAGCACGGGUACUCGGGAAAGAGGACUCCCUGUGCCUCGACCGCUCUGCUCCCAGGCUCUCCAGAGGACUCUAUUUUUUAAAAGAAUAUUCGAAUUCUGCUAUCAGGGUAUGUGAAGCCUGCAGGGCGUCAGCGACUAGACUGGAUCGUUACAUUCCUAAACUCACGACACCAAGUCCACCAUGCGUCACUGAGUAUUAUCACGCCUGUAUGGAAAACAACAUUAAUAUUUAAAAUCUUUUUAAUAAUAAUAAAAAAGCGCUUCCAAAUAGUUAAACACAAUAUCGCCUCGUUUUGCCUGGGAACUCAUGAUUCUAGAGCAUAGUAGACAGCUAACAACUUCUCUCAUUAAUCCAAAAUGUUCUCGUAUCACAGUAUGACAGAGGGUGUGAGUGUGCCCAUUUCCAGGACGUUUUUAACUUGAAGACAGAGGGAAGUAUGUGGCCCUUGGGAAUCUCUCUCUCAAUGUAAACCUUGAAUAAUUGUUUCCUAUAAUGCUUGUAGUUAAGCUCAAGCUUAAUGUCCUGGGAUGCCAGGGGCCCCUUCCCACCCACACACUUUUCUAUUUUCUCUAUUAGGUUCAUGGUCUUGCGUCUCUGGCUGAUGGAAGCCACACGGUGGUGUUAUAAUGAUUCAGGAAUGGUUUACAUUGUCAGUCAAUUUUCAAGACCAGAAAACAGAAUGACUUACAGUUCUGCUCCAUCUUGCUUUGGGUGUGACCUGAGACUCACUGCAGAAGAUGAACACACUGCUUUUAGAGAAAAGCACCUCACACAUGUGCUUGUGUCUCCUCAUGGCUGACCAUCCCUACUGUACAAGGCGUGGAAGGAGCUCAUGGCGUUUGCUAACUCUGAAGCUCUGAACAGCAUAAGCACAGGCCUCCACUAUCAGAUCCGUAUGAUUAGGUUAAUGCAACCCACACAGCUCAAAGGGGAACUACAGAGCAGGCAGAAAGAGCAGGGGUUCGAGGGCAGAGCUGAGCAGAAAUCCUGAAGAGGCAGUUAAUUCAACACAGAGCCAGUUGUCAUUGCUACCGUUGAGACGUACCUUCUGCCAGCUGCAGCAAAAAGACCCCACCCCAGGCUUCUGCAAUCUGGGGUGGUUAUUCAUUAUCUGCAGAACCACAGACAAAUCACUUAAUCCUUCUUGGCCACUGGUGAAAGAUGUAAUCUCUGUGAUCCCCUUCAGCUCUAAAAGCUUAACUUAAAUUCAGGGUAUAGGAAUUAUGCUGGAUACAAUCUUUAUAUUUAUAUACACAACUUAAGGAAGAGUGAUAUGUUCCAUAAACUUCCGCUAUAACUUUCUGUAAUAAAAUUUAAAUGGACCUAAUGUUUAUUCAGACAAUCACAUUAAGCUAAUAACUUAGGUUGAAUCACUGGGUUAAUUUACUGAAUUUUCUAUAAGGCAAAAGUGAGUUUCUAACAAAUAAGAGACACACAAAUACAAUACUCCACCUCGGUAACUUGUACUUUCACUCUACCCUUAGAGAGUAUGUUAUUUAAAAGUUAAAAAUGGGCCCUGAUAUCCUUCAGUGCUGUUUCCAGCCCUGAGAAAAUGCAACACAAUGAUAUUUAACAAAUUAUAAAGUUACUUUCUCUUAGGUUGACUAAGGAGGGAUGGACAGAAUAAAAAUUUCCCCUUGAAAUCCAGAAAAUUCAGCCUAAAUGACUGACUGCAGUUACUGUUACUGAUUGCUUACUAAUAUCGAUCAGAUUAAAUAAACACUAACCUUCCACGUUAAUUUCAUGCAUAGAGGUCUCCUGAAGUUAAAUCCUUAACUAGCCUAAAACUAGCUCAGUAUCAAGCCAUCCCCCAUAGGUACUGCUGGGAGUCAAAAUCUUACCAUCCACUGCGAUAACAACCCUGACUUUUUUCUCAUCAUCUACUGCAGGCCAGGUAUUUAUCUACCAGCUUCAUGAGCACAUCAGUGAGCCUGUGUGAGUUACUAUCCCCUGUGUACAGAGAAAGGGCCUGGGACAGAGGGAUGGAGUAAUACCCAGGGCUCUACAGCUGGUGAAUGGUAGAGCUAGGCCGUUUCAGUUUUUUUUUUUGUUUGUUUGUUUGUUUGUUUUAUAAAGAUUUAGACAUGCUGGUAAAUGAUGAUGUAUAAUUAUAAAUUUUGAAGACUAUUACAAUCCCUUUCCCUCCUUCGCUUCUGAUUAGAUGCCUUUAGAGGGCCACUCAGAGAGAUAUGCAGAGAGAUGCUAGGCUCCAGUCAGGCAGAAAACCAAAGUUUGUGUCUUAGUGUAUCAACUGGCGUAAAUAUGACCUUAUGUAAUUUUUCAGGAUUUUUUUUAUCUAAUCAAUAAGAGUUCUUGAAGGGACUUUUAUGACUAUAGAAUUUCCCACCUUUUAUUUAUAAUCAACACUAUUGAGAUUUAGAAAACAACAACAAAAAAAAAAAAACAAAAAACAUCAACUUGCUCAGAGCAAACCAGCCAUGACAGAACGAGAGUGCAGAACCAUUUAUAGUAGCUAGCAGGUUUUGUUUUGUUUUUUUUUUUUGUUUAUUUGUUUGUUUUUUCUCCCUUUGAAUUUCUGUCCUGUACGAAGUGAGUGCCGAUUGGUAAAUUACUCAGUCUCUGUUGUCUCGAUUUCUCUUUCUAUAUAGUAGGGAUAAAAAUGGGACCUACCUCAAAGGGAUGGGGGUACCGAUGAAAUAGUUUAAUCUAUCUAUAAAGUGCUAAAAACAGGUUUGGCACACAGACAGUGCUGUAAAACUUUCAUCAGUUUUAUUUCGAAUGGGAUCAACUGCUAAGCAGGCUUAUUUCAUAUGGGCUUCUUUUAUUAUUAUUCACAGAAUAAUUUUAGGUUUGGAAAUCCAGCAUGUGAAUCAGUAGAGCGCGGUGGCUCAAAGUGAGACUCCCAGGUCUUACAUAACGCUGCCUGGGCUUCUGAGUCUGUUAAAUAGCAAUAAUAAUAGCAUUUGACUCAUAGGAUUAAUUAUUCAAGUGAGGGCUAAAUAAACUAAUAUGCUUAAAGGACUUAGAACAAUUCUUGGCACGCAAAAAAAUUCAGCAAAUGCUAAGCACUAUUAUAUAAGCAAAAUUCGGAAAAGUAAUUAGUAGUCUAAAUUUAUUACCUGGUUGUUAGGGACAGUGACAGAUUUAUUGUAUAGAAAAGUCUUAAUAACUUAGGUAUAUUAGAAAAAAAAAUAGAUCUUCAGGAGUAAAGCCUUGAGCAAGGAUGUAGAUUCCUGUGGCACAGGACCAUGAUGUUACAUAAGAGUGGAUGCGUGCCCAAAACCCGUCAUGGCGUUUGGCCGCCAUUUGUUCCCUGUGCACUUACCGAAGCUGGGCACCUCGGAAAGGCCAGUGAGCUCCUGAGGUCACAAUACCUUUCUGUCAGAAAGAUCCAGUUUCAAGACUGAGUCCUCAGGCCACACAAGCAUGCUCUCCCUGUGGGUUCUCAAAAGGAUGAAUUUUUUUUUUUUUUUAAUUUUUUGAGCUGAAGGACUUAAAGCAAAAACCCUCUUACAAUAUCAAUGCAAAUAAAGUACAUGAACUUCUAUUUUAAUUAUACAGUAUUUUGCCAAGACAUUAAAAAAGAGUUCCUUCCCUCUAAUUUAUAAGUAAGGUCUUGUAUUAAUAAACGUAGCGUAGACUGGAUAUUUUCUCCACUCAUAACAAAUAAAAUGCAGGCAUAAUAGUCACGAGUUUUGUUUUGUGUAGAAGGAGAUACUUGUGUUGUAUUUUUGGACGUGCUAAAAACAAGGAUUAAAGUUUGAAGUUAUGCUAAGUUCUUGAAUGACUACAGCUCUGAAUGUAUUCUGAGAUUUUCUUUCUCUCUAAGGGACUGGUCUUUGAGGGGUUUUUUUUGUUUUUUUUUUUUUAAUCUUCAAAAUGAAAGGAGUUUCUUUAAAUAGAUAUAAAUAUUAUGUUGUUUUUAAAUUAAGUAUCCACAAAUUGGACCGUCCAAUUUCAGUCAAACAGCUUCCUGCUGCUCCCCAAAGGCCAAAAUCCAGACCAAACUCCACAGGGCUAUUCCUGGGUGCAGGAUGGAAGCAUUUACCAGUAAAUGGUAAGGAGUUUACCAGUGCCUACCACCCUCAUGAGCUCACAUCAGGUCUGAGCCAUCCCAGGAAUUAUCCUUGCCUACCACCCUGGUGACCCAGUUUUUUCCCCAGAGACAGAGGCCUCUGAAAGCUUCUACCAUCUGAACACACACUGUUAGUGUGGACACCCAUCCUGACCCUUUCACUAAUGCCAGCUAUCCUAAGGCUUUUCCUGACAAUUAGGACAUUGACACAUUCAAUGCUAAGAUAAUGCUUUGCCUUGUCAGUCACGUGUAUUACUUUGUAAUACACGGAGCACCUACAGCUAUGCUCCUGAUCCCCACAUUGUGAGUCCUACUGAGUCAGGAAGCUCCAGCAGCAAAGGAACAAGCAGUUGCCAGGCCCAGGUGUGGAGCAGGAAGAGGAUCGUGGAGACAGACAGAAAAGAUGAAGUUAAUCGAGCAUCUCUAGAAAUGGCUUUGUCUCACGAAGGAGCUCUUGGUUACUGUGCCUUAGGUAGCUUGUGUUUAUGCAGACAAAGCCUUAGAAUGAAGACGCUGAGCCGAUUCCACUCCUUAGAAAAUGCCCUUGCAGAACAUGCACAGCUAGACAUUGUAUGUUUCUCAGUGUUUAAGAACUUCAACAUACUGCUGUGUUAGUGACAUGAACCCGUUAGGUAUUAGCAAAUACGAAACAGCUGAAAAUGUCCAGCAGAUGAAACAAAAGCUCGUAGCCACAUUUACGAGCUGUUGUUUUGAGGCUGAGAAACUCAAGUAUCUUUUAAGUAACUUGACUUUGAGUGGAAGAAGAUCUCGUUAUUAUUUAUCAGUGUAUUCAGUCAAUGGAAGCAGACAAGAAAUCUGCAUUGUUUCACUGACAGCCUUGUGCCUUCUUUACCUUAUGAGCCUAAGUAUCUUUCAUUCCAUUUUGUAGAAAUACAAUCUUAAUCGAAAAGAAAAAAAUCUGUAGGAAUAACUGGAGCUACUCUCUUUGGGGUUAAAUGUACAAUUUUUUUUUGUUUUUUUUGUUUUUGUUUUUGUUGUUGUUGUUGUUUUGUUUUGUUUUUCAGCCCAGCUUAAUUUUAUACUGAAUCGUUUUUGGGGGGACCUUGGGAGUCAUUAUGCCAUGCUCAGAGGGUAGGUAUGAGUGAAAAUGUAAGUAAAUCUUACAAGAUAGUUAUGUGGGCCUUCCGGCUGGAUCCUAAUUAGUGUACAGAGGUAAUGUGGGCACAGACGUGGGGAGGUGGUGUCAACUGGGGACCAGUAGUAGAAAUGGCAGAAGGAACAGAUUGCUGUGCUGUAGUAGAUUACUACGAGGCCCAUUUAAAUUUGUCUUUUCCUCAGUUUCUCUACAAGAAUACAUGGCACAAUGGCAUGUUCAUUUUAGAAUAAAAGCCACACACCUUUGCCUCUGUAUCUAUAGAUGUGGAUACGAAGGUAUCUCAUUUAUAAGUAGCAGAAGCAUAUUUUAAUUUGGGAUUAAAGUGACCUGGACAUUAAAGCAUGCAAAGAACACUUUCCCCACAAUUAUGUAUCCAGCGACUAUUUAUAAUUGGCUUCUAUGAAUGGGGCUGAGAAGCAUCAUCAGUUCACCAGACCCUAACAAGCCACAUCCGUAAGCAGUCUUCAUGCACAAGAAGGAUUUUGUUGAGUUACAAGUUGCUUGAAAAUUACACUGAAUUUAAAAAUUAAAAUUUUGAAAUCAUUUUUUCUCGGUGCAUGUAUAAUGUGGUAAAACUGGGAAUGGAUCUGUCGCUUGCCACAGUUGGUGUCAUUCCAGCAGGCUGGGAAAUACUAAGUUUGCUCACAGGCUGUGAGACAGCUUCAAGAAUGAAGCAAAGUCCACUUGAGGCUGCUUUAUUGGGCCGCAGGAGCUAUGCUAAGAGGUAUUUCUGUAGAUUUCUGCAUCAGUUUGCAACUUUGUUCAUGUCAGAGAAAAAGAUACACUCUCCUAAUGGCAAACAGUACAUUGCUGUAUUUUCCCUCAUGUGCAUAUCCUCAGCAAAAUGAAAGAUUACUUAUAACCCAAACACCCUUCUGCAAAUGAAUUGUCUUUGUGGGCUAGCAGAAGACUCUGCCUUUUGGUUUCUAAAGAGCCAGUAAUUUGAGGACAGCCAUUGAAGACAGAUUUUGCCAGAAAAAGGCAGUAAAAGCUCAAUAUUUUGUUUACCUGAAAACUGCAAGUAGAGGUAUAAGCCAAUUUUUUUCAACACAAGUAUCACUAAUGUAGGAAAAAGUGUCUCAGUGUGUAUGUAUUAAUUCUCCUCAUAAUUACUUGAUUCUGUACAAUCUUUUUUACUCCAUAAACAGUCAAGCAAAAAAUAAUAAUAAACUAU